CAGCAAGAGCGAAACUGGACUAUCUUGCAAAAACACUUUGAGCAAAUAAAGCCGCUGAACGGUCACCAUCUGAUAAGAGCAGCUGCGUUUCUGGUGGCUCAGUCAAGAGGACUUGAGUGCUCCCGUAAAGUCUACGGCUUCAUUAGAGCUAGCUCAGAUCCUGGCCAAGGGGGAGAUACCAUGUCAACAACAAUCUGCCAAGUGAUGGGCUUUGUUGUCUCAUCUUUGGGUUUUGCUGGAUGCAUCGCGGCCACUGGACUAGACAUGUGGAGCACACAGGAUUUGUAUGACAACCCAGUCACGGCCGUGUUCCAGUAUCAGGGACUCUGGAGGAGCUGCGUGAGGCAGAGUUCAGGUUUCACAGAGUGCCGGCCUUAUUUCACCAUUCUUGGGCUACCAGCAAUGUUCCAGGCUGUGAGAGCCCUAAUGAUCGUGGGCAUCGUCCUGGGUGCCAUUGGCCUCCUUGUGUCCAUUUUCGCCUUGAAAUGCAUUCGAAUUGGCAAUAUGGAGGACUCCGCAAAAGCCAACAUGACUCUAACCUCUGGCAUCAUGUUUAUUGUGGCUGGUCUAUGUGCUAUUGCCGGAGUGUCCGUAUUUGCCAACAUGCUGGUCACAAACUUCUGGAUGUCAACAGCCAAUAUGUACCAAGGAUCGAUGCAGACAAUCCAGACAAGGUAUACCUUUGGUUCAGCCUUAUUUGUUGGCUGGGUUGCUGGGGGCUUGUCCCUGGUAGGAGGCGUUAUGAUGUGCAUUGCCUGCAGGGGACUGGUACCAGAAGAAACCAAUUACAAGGCAGUGUCCUACAAUGCAUCAGGACGGAAUAUCUCCUACAAGACUGCGCCAUAUAAGGCUGGUACUGGCUACGAAUCUGAAGCCAAAAGUAAAAAAGUCUCAGCAUACAAUGACACUGCUCGUAGCGAUGAUGGGAAACGCUCAUACCCUUCAAAAUAUGACUAUGUCUAGAAGUCCUUCAGGGGUCAAAGAUACACUAUUGUUUUAUAACACUUUGCAAUCCAAAAACAAACCAAAAAGAGUGCUUAAACAAGAGGCACAUAGGCCUGUACAUAGGUUCACUCUUUCUUAUUUUGUUUGGUUUACUGUGGUGAGGUGUAGGGCAUUUUCAUUGGUUGUUAACGUGACCUUGAUUUGACUUUGUACUGGUGUCCCCAGUAUGACGAAGUCCAUAAAAAAAGCAGUGUGUGUUCUUCUAGUUGUUCUCAUACUUAAAAGAGAUGGUUAGUAUUUCAAAUAGAGCUUAUGAAAGCCAAAAGCAUGGUUCUUCCAUGCACCGUUUUCUUUCUUUUAAUUGAUUUACAUUUCUAUUUAAUAACAGAACACAGCUGGAGUUUGCAACCCAUGUAAAUCAAUCACGAUCACAUUUUUGUUUGUGACUAAAAACUAAAUAGCACUGAGAGCAGGCAUGAUAGGCCUUUGCAAGGCAGGUUGCUAAACCUAAAUCUCUGUGCUGACUAGUAACAAAAGGCAAUUGUCUCCAGAAACGCUGGUGGCUGAUCUUAAUUACAGAGCAGUAUGGAAAAACAGCACCACACCACUUCAUUCCCCACCUCCCCAUUCAAUUUCACGCAAGGUAUAGAGAGUUGUCUCUUGUUUUUUUCAGAUCCUGGAGACCUUAACGUAACCUCUAGUUAUAGUCAGAGAAAGCGACAAUGCUUUGCUUAAAUGAUAGUGUAUCUUUGCCCUAGCUUUGUAACCCAGCCCUGCCACCGCAGGUUAAAGAGCUAAACAAUCAUUGCCUGCUGUGUUAUAUGCUGUGUGCUUUAACGAAAUUCCAGUGGCCUUUCUUUAAGCAGAGUGAGCAUAGACAGGCAGAUCCCACAUUUGUGCUUGGUCAUCACUUGUACCCAGACACUUCCUUCCCUGGUACUGUAAUGUAUUAUAUGAUGCUGAUUUGGUGUGAUAUUUAAUUUGAUUUACCUUACUUAGACGUUAGAUGUAACCUGUGAUACCAAAGUGUAUUUAUUUCCUCUGAUCCCAUCAGGGAAUAUACAUAAUCCAUUGUUAUUCGCAGGCAUGGUAUUUUCUGUGAGAGCUGAGAACCUUUGUGAACAACUGGUAUUCCUGCAGAUGUCAUCUUUAAUGAAGCCAGAGAAAUUUCUCAUUUAGAAUUAAUUAGAGUUACAUUUGGAGCAGGAAUCCCAUAGAGCAUUAGAUGUGUAACUCUCUUCACUGACAUUAGGGCUUCCUUGUAUUAAUUCUUCCCAUACUGAUUUAAAUAUUAACUCCUUAAAGGGUCACUAUCCUCUUCUCAGUGGUCAAUUUGACAAUACAAUCUGCUUGAGUCCUCAAGGCCAAGAGCACAAAAAAGAGACCUGGCUCAGUCAGAGGAUGGGAAGCAUCAUCUGUCAUCUGAGCAGGUCUGACUCAAGGGGUAUCUUUGAUGGGUCUCUGAACAGUGACUCGUUGGCAGAGUGAGGAUCCUUCUCAUAAGGGGCCUUGAUGGUUUAAAGGGAUAAGCAAAAGAGGGAUCCUAGAAUCCCUUCCCUCCCAAGCAGCCAUUUUGAUAGCUAGCUGUGAUGGGAUUUUGCUCUCGUUCUUAGUAACAGUCUGAGUUCUCUAUAUCCACUAGCUUGUGAACUCAGCUGAAAUGGAACAGAAAUGAAGGCAGAAUAUUUCCCCAACAAUUUGAUCCUUUUAAUGUCUGGAGGUAUUGACGGUGUCACCUUUCAACACACACUGGUUGUGUGUCUAUUAAACUCCUAAGCACAGUGUAUCAUGAAUCUCCUUACUCACACUGCGUGUAGUCCACACACACACGUGCACAUGGCCCAUCACAAGACUGAAGCCCUGCAGUGAGCCCAUGCUGGAUGGGUCCCCAGGUGGAGUGGCUAUGCACCCCAUGUGUAUCUCCACACUAGCUCCAAAUAGGAGAGUGUAUAAAGGGAGUUUAGAGGUGGGUUGGAGUGGAGCCACAAGAAUCCAGAGGGCCAGAAAGGAUGCAUCCGUUGUGGAAGGGCAGCAGCAGCACAGAGGCUGUGGUGAAGCCACAAGGCUCAGCGGAGAUGAACUGCAUCCCCUAACCCUAGUGCAGAACCCUAAACAAAGCCUUAUUGUACUGUGUUGGGAUGGGAGUAUGUGAAUGUCACCAAUUAAGUACAAAGAAUGCUCACUUCCUUAAACCCAGAGGCACAGAAGGUAUAAAUCUGCAUAGGAAUAUUGUAUUCAAUGGAGAUAUGCUGAUUUACACCACUGGAGGACUGGGAUAAUUAUGUUUAUAGGCCCAUUUAGUUACAUGGCACUAAGAUGUUUGCUUUUUUUUUUUUUUUUACUAAUAUGUUUGUUAUUUUGAAGACUAGAUUUUCAUACAGCUCUGAUACAUAUUUUGCUUUUCUGUCUGUGUUUUGCAUGCUGGAAAUGUGCUCCAUUAUGUUUUUGUUACUUGAAUAUUAAAUAAAGUGACUUUAAGUUCAAAAA